AAUUGUGUGUACGUAUGGAGCAGAGGUAGGCAGGUCACAUCGUAUGUUGUAUUUGAAUUCUGUGGUGUACAUUGCAAAUCUCAAUAUUUUCUCUCACUCUCCAAAUUAUGAUAGAUCGAAUAUCCAUUUCUAACCAGUGUUUCAACCCUUCAUUGUAUCCAUGGCGUUUACAACUGUAUCACUUCAUUUCAGCUUGCUGACCCUGCUUCUGAUUCUGCAUUUUGUAGAGAGUGAGAAUGAGAGCAUGUACGAUAUCUUGGAGAAAUAUGGAUUCCCAUCAGGCCUCCUUCCAGACACAGUCUCAGACUACUCUAUCGACACAAACAGUGGUCGUUUGCAGGUGCAUCUAAAGAAUACGUGUUCUGUUUGGGUGGAAGAAUACUCUUACAACAUCCGUUACAAGCCCUCCAUUACAGGAAUCAUUUCCUACGGAUCGAUCUCCCAUAUUGGUGGCAUCUCUCUCAGGAAGAGCGCCUUUCUGUGGAUGCCAAUAACAGGCGUAUCUGUUGCAGAAAAUGGAGAUCUGGCCUUCCAGAUUGGACCUGUCACAACCUCCUUUCCACGCAGAUACUUUGAACAAAAGCCCGUUUGCCAACAAGUAACAUCUUCUAAUUCAGUUUUGUCAUUGUUUGGGCGAUUUCAAUCUGUGGAUUCCAAACAUUCUAUUGAUUAAAUUUUGAUUUGGGGUUUCAAGUUUCUUCCUCUGUUCUGAUUUUCACUCUGUGGUCCAUCUUGCCAAAAUAGCUAAUAGGAUAAUUUUUAUUCAUUUGUCUUGUACGAUUCAAUAUACAGAAUACAGUAGCACAUUCAGCUAUGGUUACAAUAGCGCUUGAAAUUACGAUUUUUCUCCCAGAUGUAUUAGUUUAAAAGCAUCAAUGAUUAUAGGUAAAUGAGAAAUGCUGGACUGUUAAUAUUUUCACUGA